UCGCCGUGGUGGUUCUGUGCGCUGAGCUGCAUGAUUGGCUGCGAGCGGCUGUGAUGUCACCUCAUGCUCCGCCGUCCUGGCCGGUGCAGCAGCUCAGGGCUGGAGAGGAGCUCCAGAUGGAGCUGACGCGCAACGAGAGUGGAGCUGUAGCGCGGAGCACAGCGACGGAGCGGGAAGGCUGCUUCGCACUGCCUGGAUGAGCCCGACCUGGUCCCGCACUCAGCGCAGCAGCCCGUCAUGGGAGACGGCGGCGCGUCCUCGCCGAUGAACCUCCUCAAUGGCACGGGGAGCGAGGGGUCAGACUCCCCGGGAUCCGCCGCAGCCGCGUCCGAGCAGUGGAUGGCGGGCAUGAGCCUGGUGAUGGGUCUGAUCGUCCUGUCUAUUGUUUUUGGGAAUAUCCUGGUCAUCGUGGCCAUAGCCAGGACGCAGAGGCUGCAGACGCUCACCAACGUGUUCAUCGUGUCCCUGGCGAGCGCGGACCUCAUCAUGGGGAUGCUGGUGGUGCCGUUUGGCGCCGCACUCGCGGUGCGCGGCUCCUGGCUGUACGGCUCCUUUUUCUGCGAGUUCUGGAUCUCCGUGGACGUCCUCUGCGUCACCGCCAGCAUCGAAACUCUGUGCGUUAUCGCCAUAGACAGGUACGUGGCCAUCACCUCACCCUUCCGCUACCAGAGCUUGUUAACCAAAGCCCGGGCCAAAGCGGUGGUGUGCGUGGUCUGGGCAAUCUCUGCGCUGGUCUCCUUCCUGCCCAUCCUGAUGCACUGGUCCCGGGACAGUGUGGACACAGACUGCUACGAGGACCCCGAGUGCUGUGACUUUGUCACCAACAGAGCGUACGCCAUCUCCUCGUCCAUCAUUUCUUUUUACAUUCCUCUUCUGGUCAUGAUAUUUGUUUACGCCCGCGUGUACCGAGAGGCGAAAAAGCAGCUGAGGAAGAUCGACAAGUGCGAGGGCAGGUUUCACAACACCUUAACCGGACUCACCUCCAAGUGCAAGAAGAGGCCGUCUAAGAUCCUGGCGCUCAGGGAGCAGAAGGCGCUGAAGACCCUCGGCAUCAUCAUGGGGACGUUCACUCUGUGCUGGCUGCCCUUCUUCAUAGUCAACGUCAUGCGGGUGUUUUGCGCAGAGGUGGUGGAUAAGGACGUGUUCGUGUUCCUGAACUGGCUGGGGUACGUGAACUCCGCGUUCAACCCCGUCAUUUACUGCCGGAGCCCGGACUUCAGGAAGGCGUUUAAGAGGCUGCUGUGCUGCCCGAGGCAGGCGGACCGCAGGCUGCACAUCAGCUCCUGCGACCUGUCCCGAUGCUCCGGCGGCUUCGUCGCUUCACUGGAGCCCGGCGCGCUGGGAAUGUGGUCGGACUGCGCCGGGUUGGACAACAGCGACAGCAGCCUGGUGGGGACGGCGAAGCUGUCGCACUCAGAAUCUCAGCUGUGAAGCAAAACUUUUGUCUAUUUUUUUUUAUUUUUUUUUUGGAUGUGACAAAUCAAAAACACACACACACACAAAAAAAAAAAAAACAAACGAAAAAAAAACGCGCACUUUGAGCAUGAGUUGGGAACGUUACGCGCAAGAGCCAUUAGUGAUUCCGUUCAUCACUCAACUCAAACGUCAAGAGGAAUCACCAGAAAGCCAUAUUUCAGAAAGCUUAAAAUAAUGAAAAAAAGGAAUCAGGACCAAUGUUCUCUCCGAGCUUUGAGGCAUGAUCCAAUUUGCCAAAUCGAAUCUACCCUAAAAAAAAAGAAUCUGCUGGAUACAAACUCCUCGGUGAUAAAUCACGUCGCGUGAACUCAAACUGGAUUCAGUGAAUCCGCAGGCGAAGAGGAGAGCGCGUCCUCUCCUGUGGGUUGUUCCUUAAUUUUAAAAUUUCUAUGUUCUCGGACGCAUCCCACAAGUUUUCUCCAGUGUGAAGAUGACAGCGCUGUAAUGAACUGGUUGUUGUUUCGAAGCAUUGGAGGAGAGAGUAGUCACGUACAGAGCUCACGAUGUGUUUUUUACCUCACAGCCAUCGGCAAGUGCAAUUUGUACGACAGGUAUUUGUUUAUAUUAAACAUCUCUGUGCUAUUUAUCAGUCUUUUACAGUUAAGCGAGUUACGCACGGGGCCGGGUUCACGGGCCCUCUGUACAUGUUGUAGUAUGUGGUGUUUAGCACUGAAGUGAGGAGUUUGAGCCUCUCUCUAUGUCUCUGGCUUUACAUGCUGUUGUGAGGUGGUGUGUGUGUUAACGUCUGUGCAAAUAAAAGAAAAGAGGAAGUUUUCACUGG